AUGGUAAUCUCUCCGCACCUGGUCCCGAACCUUGUUUCGAUUCCCACGAUUGGCAAGAGCUUGAACGGAAUUCCAGGUGUCCUAGCCGGGUUUCCGGGUCUACGAACAGCCCCUGGAAGUCGGGGGGUGCUGCUGCGUCUUGAUGACGGCCAUUCGGUGCCGACCAUCCCCGAUUGA